AUGGAAGAAUUUUUUAAAAAGAUUUCUUCUUCGUUAACUCGAAUUUUUCCAGUUGUAAAAGCAGAUGAUUUAGAUGAAACAUCAGAUCCACAAGUUCAUUUAAGGCACCAAUGUCAGAAUGGUGAGUGUGCCAAAUGGUAUGAUAAAUUGGAAGAAUGUAAUGAAAGAGUAACAUCUAGAACCAAAACAGCUGAAUCUUGUCAUGAAGAAAUGAUUGAUUUUGUUAAUUGUUUAGAUCACUGUGUUUCAAAAGAUUUAUUUUCUAAAUUGAAAUAA